UCAAGGAACAGUCUCCUGUCUAUCUGUCUUCACUAUUCCAAAUAUGGAGUUCAGAAGAUGUUUAUAUGUGAUUCUUCUCCUGGAUACAGUGUGUUCCUUGAUGUUAGAAGAGGAUCUUGCAGAAGAUUUGGAGAACCAGGAUCUUAGCAAGGCCAUUUUAGAGAUGCUGCACAUCAACAAGCUGUCGGUGCCUCACCAGGCAAAGCCUCACCCCUACAUGAAGCAGGUUUACCAGCAACUGGACACACAAGAGUCAAGGCACAGGAGUGAUGCAGAUGGGACACUGGUGCAGAGUUUCCGCAGCAUUCAAGGUACAAAAUAUAACACCCCAGGCUGGAUCUGGUUCAACGUGUCACACCUGAGGCCCUCUAUGACGGUUGCUGAGCUAGUCCUACUGAGAAAAACGCUUCACCCUGAGCCACUGACAGUUACAGUGGCCGUACACAGCCUCUCACCAGGUGUGGGAAACCUGAGCAUAAGCGGACCCCUCGCCGAGCAGCUGCUGACACUGGACAAGCUUCCCCCAUCAGGCUACGAUGUCUUCAAUGUGACGGCAGCCCUGAUGCAGCAGCGCCGCUGGCAGGAUGCCCUGGGCUUCCAGCUGCGUUUUGGAGAUGAAAGUGGUAGCCUGGUGCUCCACGAGGCCCUCACACAGAGCCUCUACUGCUUAAAUGGGAGCUCCCUCAGUCAGCCACUGCUGGUGGCCUACAGGGUAAAACCGAUAGAGCUACACGAGGGGGCCCAGCAGGCCUCAGGGAAGACCACCGAGCGCAGGCAGAGGCAGCACUGCAGGGCCAGCACUCAGCAAGAGAAACGCCGACCACAGUCCAGGCAGCAGAGAACAACUGCUAACACUGUAUGCAGACUUUACGUACAUCAUGUUGAUGUUUAUAAGAGUGAACUGGCUCAGUGGAUAUUACAGCCAAUAAGGUUUAACAUCAGUUUCUGCAGGGGGUUGUGUAUCAGGGAGAAAUCCAACCUCUCUGUGGAUGUACAAAAGCUGAACAAAAGGAACAAAGAAAAUGAUAUGCCCAAAAGCUCACAGUGCAUUCCACAGGAGCUGUCUCCCCUCAGAGUGAUGUAUCGAAGUACCACGAAUUACAUCAUUAUAAAGGAGUUAAAAGACAUCAGGGCAGAGAGAUGUGCCUGCCCACCAAAGACUGAAUAAUAAUAUGUGAACUGAAACACUGACACCCACUCAUAUGCAAAGGAGUUGGUAUACAGUAGUGUGAAUUAUAAGACAAUGCCAUUAGCUAACAUAGGGAGAUGCACAAGAAAUCUGACAGUGUAUCAGCUUCAUCAUGUAUGAAUUGUAAGGUAACUCAAGCUGCAAAAUAACUCUACUCAUGGAAGUUGCAAUAUAGUGUUUCUCACUACCAACCAGGAUGACCCAAUUCACUGCAUGUAGUGUUUUCCCUUGUGUAAUGUACCCGAUUCAGCUAACUGAGUAGUUGUAGGCACAAAGGAGCAGAAAAAUAGUACAAAAUUGUGCGGUGCAUUGGAUUCCUAUGACUGGGAUUGAGAAACAAACUGGAUACAUCAUUAAAAAGCUUCACACUGUAACGCUUUACACCACAAGGGGGCAGAAGAAUGCAAAGCAAGGAGUAAAUGGAGUUAAAACAUUCUGAUCACAUUUUCGCACUGACGGCCCUGUAUAACUGUAAACAAUAAAGGAGUGCAUCUA